AUGGAAAUUCAAGUAAAAGAAGCUUUAAAAGCGCAUUGAAGUCUUUUCAAAGGCAUCAUUUGCGAAAGCGCUGAAUUGAUAUUAAAUCUGUAUAAAAUAAAAUACCAUAAUACGGUUUGGGUGUUUAAUUUAUUUAUUAACUCCCUAAUCUUUAAAUUAGAACAAAACAUAUGUAAAAUUUCUUUUUUCGGUGCUUUAAACCCUUAAACUGGAAAAAAACAUUUUUUUCAAUAGGAAUUUUUAUAGGUAAAAAUACUAAUCCUUAUAAACAAAAUUUAAUUAAAAACUGAAUCGAUUAAAUUAAUUCAUCAUAAAAAUAAAUUAAAAUUUAAAACAUUGGCUUAAUUCUUUUUAAUAUAAAAUUUAAAGAUUGAGAAGAUAUUUAUAGAAUUAUUAAGUUUUAAAAUUAUUGAAGAAAACUAUUAUGAGAAGAAAUUCAAGAUAUAAUAAAAUCUGGAUUUUCAAUUAUUAAAGAAAAAUAAAUUAUUUAAGUUAUAAAAGGAGAUAUAAAGAUUUUAUCGAAAUUUUUGUUGAUACGUUUUAAAUUCUAAUAAUAACAGUAUAUCUUGCUUUUUAAUUUAAAAAAUUUUGUAAAAAUUUUUUAAUUGAGAAAUUUAAUAUAAUUUUGUUUUUAAAAAAAAAAUUAACCUACCUUCAAAUUUAACAAAAUGUUUUGCUAAAUUUAAAGACUGAGUAAAAGCAGUGGGAAGAAGAAUUGCAGAGACCUAAGCUUAGGAGCUAUUUCUGGGUUAUGGUAUACUUUGAAGAUACGAUUUCUUAAACUGGCUUAA